AUGUUUGGGUUCGGCGGCGGGAAGGCGGCUCCCGCCGCAGCCAGCGGAAAACAGGCUCCGGCCAAGAGCCAGAGGGCCGGCGGGACCGGAGUGGACGAGAAGGCUCUCAAGGCGCGCAAGGCGGGCCUCGACGCGCUGAAGCUCGCUGCGGUGAAGGUGCAGCUCGCAUUGCUCGAGCAGCGGGACGCGCUGGCCGCCAGCGUGCAAGCCAAGGACCAGGCGCAGCGUGCAGUCGCCGAGGCCAAGGCCGCGCCCAGCCGCGCUGUCGCCGGCGCACGAGACGCGGUCGCUUCGGCAAAGGAGGAGGUGGCCAGCCGGGUGAAGGGGGAGCUGGCCGCGGCGGAGGCGAAGGUUCAGGGCCUCACCGACGGCGCCAAGGAGCGGCUAGGGCGCUGA